GCUCGCUGAAUAAGUAGAAAUGUGCAGGAGGUCGCCCGUUGCCCUCUUCGUGGCCCUGUGCGCCAGCCAGCUGGGCAUGUGGGCAGCAGGGCGCUCCAAGGUGAACCCCAGGAUCAUCACAGCUCCACAAGGUGCAAAAGAGUAUGUAUUUCCCAGGAGUGAGAAGUACCCAGUCUUCUAUCAUAAUCAGAACAGCUCAGCCAUCUAUGUUGGCGGAGAAGGAAAGCUUUAUUACUACGAUUUUGCAACCUAUGAGAACCACACGGAGGACUUCCCAGUGAAAAAUGAAGGACAGUGCAUGAUGCCUGGGAGUUUGGAGGACAAUAAAAAUUACCUCACGUUAGUGGAGAAGUAUGGAGACGGGAUGUUAGUGUGUGGGACUGGUGCCUGCGCUCCCACCUGUUGGAACUUGACGCAGAGAAAGGAGCGCACUUCAUGGGAUGGGAGAGGUAUUGCUCCUUUCACCCCUGACUCGAAUACCCUCGUUGUCGUUGAUGGUCAUGACAUCUACUCCACCAUCAAGAAGAGCCAGCAGAACGGCAAGAUACCCCGUUUUCGUCGAGUGAGAGGGGGUGGAGAGCUCUACACAAGCGACACAGUGAUGCAGAACCCUCAGUUUGUCAAAGCCACCACAUUAAGGCACGAAGAGCCUCACCAAGACAAGAUUUACUACUUCUUUCGCGAAGACAAUCCGGAUAAGAGUCCUGAGGCCCCUAGAAACAUCUCCCGAGUGGCCCAGCUGUGUAAGGAAGAUAAAGGGGGAACCAGUUCGCUCUCUGCUUCCAAGUGGACCACUUUCCUGAAGGCCAGCUUGAUUUGUGUUGACCCAGUCACCAAGGGCAACUUCAACUGGUUGCAAGAUGUCUUCUUUGUCCCUGCAAGUAACUGGCGACACUCCAAAGUCUACGGGCUCUUCACAAACACCUGGGGAAGCUCUGCUGUUUGCGUCUAUUCCUUUGGGGACAUUGACAACGUGUUUCGGACGUCCAGACUCAAAGGCUAUAAUGGUCCCAACCCAGAGAUCAAGCCUGGGCAGUGCGUUUCCUCUGGACAACACACCCCGAGCGAGACCUUCAAGAUAGCUGACAGCCACCCGGAGGUGGAGGACCGGGUGGAGCCCCUCUCCCCCACCAAGAGCCCCUUAUUCCACAACAAGCACCGCUACCAGAAGAUUGGGGUGCACGAGGUCUCUGCGGGUGAUGGACGCCGCUACAAUGUGCUUUAUCUGGCGACAGACAGGGGAUCCAUCCACAAGAUCGUGGAGCUGCCGGACGGGGUGCAGAACAUCAUGGAGCUCCAGGUCUUCCCAAAGAAGGACCCGAUCCAGUCCAUGAUCUUGGACCACAAGAGGGCAAUGCUGUACAUCGGCUCAACAGAUAAAGUUGUGGAGAUACCCAUGGACAUGUGCAGGGUGUAUCGCAACAACUGUGACAGCUGCUUGCUGGCGAGGGACCCGUACUGCGGGUGGUUCAAUGGGAGUUGUCAGUCAGUUUAUCUAAACCGGGAGGUGCGUCAGAACCUGAACCUGGAGCCAUGGCAAGGAAAGUGCCAAAACGGGGAUAUUAAGGAAGUAGAUGACUUUCAGAACAUCACAGUCGUCCCUUUCUCCCGCUACUACCUCAACUGUCCCAUCGAAUCCCACUAUGCCACCUACAACUGGUACCACAACAACAGCCUCAUCAAGACCUGCAACACCACCCACCCCCAGCAGGACUGCUUCCACUUCAUCCAGAAUGUGAGCCACAUUCACUACGGCCGCUACGUCUGCAUCUCGGAGGAGGAUGGCUUCAGGCAGGCUCUGGUGAAGGAGCACUUGGUCAACCAGCUCAGGUUCAUGUCCCAGAAGGGCCAGGCCACCAUGACGUUUGGCUCUUGGCUGCAGCUGCUGCUCAUGGUGGUGUUGGUGGAGCUCUUCCACUGAACAUGACAGAGCUGUGUUCCCACCAUCCUGGCUGCUGCCGCCGUUCUUCCUGCACUUGCUGUCUGCUCCUGAGGCGAGAUUCCUAUUCUCUUAGUCACUCCUUGGACAUUAAUAUUUGACUGUCCCAAGAGGGGUCCUGGGCAGCAACCCCUCCAUCUUUGGCCUUGGUGGAGGAGUCAUGGUGAGGAAUAUGCGACUGCAGGGCCAGAUGGAGCAGGG